AACAAAAUCUGGCAAGUUUAUAUUGCCUGUCUGAGUCUCAAACGCCAGGUUCUCUUGUGAUUUAAUUUGACUAUUCAGUGGUCAGGACAGGGAAGAACUUUUCAGGAACUGAACGCUAGGGUGUUGAACUUUCAUCAGUCUCAAGAACACCCAGAAUAUAGUGAGGGCGAGAGUGCACUAUAGUCUAUGGAACACAGAACUCGUAAGCGAGUGAGGGAGGCAAAAUCAAGAGCACGACCAGAACUCUAUGAAGAAUCCCAUGGAUGGCAUAAACACAAUUAUGCAGAGAGGUUUGACCUCAGCAAAAGUACUGUCUCUGAUAAUGUGGAAAGAGUGGAUGCCAGUCAGUUGAGCAUAGAAGAGUUCCAGGAAAAGUAUGAGAAAACAUACACACCUGUGGUCAUCACCAACUGCCAGACUGACUGGGCAGCCUCCUACAAGUGGAACCCAAGGCGCCUUGCUAAAAAAUACAGAAACCAACGCUUCAAAUGUGGUGAGGACGAUGAAGGCUAUUCUGUGAAAAUCAAACUGAAGUAUUUUGUAGAGUACAUGAAACACACGAAGGAUGACAGCCCGCUGUACAUCUUUGAUAGCAACUACGGUGAGCACCCAAAACGCCGUAGACUUUUAGAAGAUUAUGAAGUGCCCAAAUACUUCCGUGAUGAUUUAUUCAAGUAUGCCGGGGAGCACAGACGCCCCCCAUACAGGUGGUUUGUGAUGGGACCGGCAAGGUCGGGCACAGGGAUCCACAUAGACCCCCUGGGAACUAGUGCCUGGAACUCCCUAGUCAUUGGACAUAAAAGGUGGUGCCUCCUUCCGACCAACACUCCACGUGAGCUCUUGAAGGUGGCCUCUGAAAUGGGCGGUAAACAAAAGGAUGAAGCCAUCACUUGGUUCACGCACAUUUUCCCCAAGGUCAAAAGUCUGGACUGGCCUCCACAAUUCAAGCCGCUGGAAAUUUUGCAAAAACCUGGCGAGACGGUGUUUGUCCCUGGAGGUUGGUGGCAUGUGGUGAUCAACUUGGACGAUACUAUUGCAGUUACUCAGAAUUUCUGCAGCGUGGUGAAUUUCCCCAUUGUCUAUCACAAGACUGUGCGUGGCCGCCCAAAUCUGUCCAAGAAAUGGCUGAAAGCUUUGAAGGUGCUGCGUCCUGAGGUAUCUCAGCUGACCAAGGUGGUGGACCUCAGCAAGCCCACGGGCUUCAACUCGGACAGCUCCAGCUCAGCCUCCUCCUCUUCCAGUGACUCCAGCUCGGAGUCGGCAGACAGUGAAAGUGACUCUGAGUCUGAGACUGCCAGCAAAUCUAAAAGGUCUAGACAUUCAAGUUCUCGUUCACUGACUCCAAAUGGAAGUACUCAGGACCCAAAGUUAUCAUCUCGACAGCAUUACGUUCGGUCUCGGUCAAAGUCACUGUCGAGGUCAAACGUGUGCCUGGCGAAGGAACGGGAUCGAGGCAGCCAUCAUGACCACCGAGACAAUCGUAGUGUUUCUCACACACCCAAAAAUUCACGGUAGUCCUUUGAACACAGAUGGCUCCCACCUCUCUUGUUGUUAUUCCGAGAGACGCCAUCAUGUCGAUUUGUUUUUCUUAUGAUCAUAAUCGAAUGUGAACUUUAGAAAGGACUUAAUGAUAACGCUGUCUAAAUGGGAAUUCGGUAAAUGUUGCUUUUUUUUUUUCCUUGGCCAUUGGUCUCGGUGACUAAGAACUCACAGUAUUGAUGUCUUGAAACCUAUUGCAGAACUGGACUCGUGUGAUAUCGUCAUCAAUAAACUGAUACCAAUGUUCA